AAUACCGCGAGGUGCUGAGUGGCCUCCUCCUGCGCCCGCCCGCCCGCUGCUGCCGCCGCCCCUGUCCGCGCCUCUCGCCUCCCGCCACAACCCGUUUGGGCGCCAAGCCCCCGAGUGCUCGUCACGCUGGACCCUGGCGCGGAGCCCUGGCAUCACGACUCGGAGGCCGAGACUCUCUCCUGGAGUCACCCAGGACACACUCUUACCACAUCGUGGAGCCUGUUUGUUGUGUUGAGCAAGCAGGGGGUGGAGACUAGCGUCUUGGGCGGGGCUUAGCCCGUUUGGAGGGAACCUGGCCGCCCUGGGAUUGCUGGCUUUUGUUUUUGCUUCCGAGCCUGGAGCUCAGCUCAGACUCAGAUGAGAGCUUGGUGGUUCCUCCUCAGGCCAGUGAGUGAGUGUGUGUGUGUGUGUGUCUGUGUGUUGUGAGCACUUUGUGUACAGCCAGUCACAGCGCCCUCUGCCCUCCCACAGCCACUCACAGAGCCUAGUCUUGUUGACAUUUCUCCAGGUACCUUGCCUGCUUGUAGCAGCUGAUCAGAGCCCUGCUAUUGCUCAGAGUCAAUAGCAGUCAAACUGCACAACCGUGACCAGCCUGGGUCAGAAGGGGCCAAGGGGAGGGUGGCUUUGAAGGGGCCCAGGGAAGAGGUGUGAAGAGUCCCAGCACAGCAAGGCAGCCCCCAUUUGGGGCAGGAGUUACCCUUGGCAGUGUGCUUUAUCUCCAGGGUUAUCUGUCAUUGUUACCUGACCCCACUUCUCCAGAUAAGAAGGGGGAGCAGGAAAGAAGGAAGGGAAGGGGAGUCCUUCCAGGUUUAGCCUGGGUGGGGGGCAGCCUCCCCGAUGCUUGCAUUGCACCCUAACAGGGGAGAUGGAGCCACCUCAGUGUGUGGAGGAGCUGGAGGAUGAUGUGUUCCAGCCAGAGGAAGGGGAGCCGGGGACCCAGCCCAGGAGGGUCUCUGCUGACCCGUUUGUCCAGAGCCAGCUGGACUGCCCCCUCAGCCGUCUGCAGCUCUUCCCUCUCACGCACUGCUGUGGCCCUGGGCUUCGACCCACCAGCCAGGAAGACAAGGCCACCCAGACUCUCAGUCCAGCCUCCCCGAGCCAGGGUGUCAUGCUGCCUUGUGGGGUGACUGAGGAACCCCAGCGACUCUUUUAUGGCAAUGCUGGCUACCGGCUCCCUCUCCCUGCCGGUUUCCCCGCAGGCUUGCCCCUUGGCGAACAGCCCCCCGAAGGGCAGUGGCAACAUCGAGCAGAGGUACAGAUUGCCCGAAAACUUCAGUGCAUUGCAGACCAGUUCCAUCGGCUUCAUAUGCAGCAGCACCAGCAGAACCAAAAUCGUGUGUGGUGGCAAAUCCUUCUGUUUCUACACAACCUCGCUUUGCAUGGAGAUGAGAACAGGAAUGGGGCAGGUCCCAGGUGAGGCUGGGCUGCCCUCUUCGCAUGGGGCACCACGGAAGGACAUCGGCAAGGACUGACACUGUGUUUUAGGAAGUCAUUAUCAUUUUGUGGUUUUUAUUUUAAUAAUUCCCCUCUGUGUACAUAAGACAUACCCAAGUGGGAACUUUUUCCCUGUUCAGGGCCUCAACCAGGAAUGGGGGGCCUUUGUCAAACACUGUUGAAGUAGAGGCUGAUGUGUCUGUGAUGUGGGAACCCCCAAGGGCUUGGACAAGGAGAUCCUUCAGUCCUCAGUGGUUGAAGACGACCGGCUAGUGAUGUGCCCCAGCGAGCGGACUGUGGUUUUGCCACAGGAACUUGGUUUGACUCCUGGUUCCACCAAAUCUAUCAGCCUUCCGCCAUGGAUGGGACCCAGAUCUGACGGUCACACUGCUUUAACUACCCCCCCCCCCCAGGGCCUCAGCCAGGGGCUUUCCAGCUGUGCAUGGCAACCUCUCUAGGCUGGUCAGCCAGUUCUGUGUCUGGGUUCUCAUGGGGCCCAGCCAUCACCUGCCCCAAGGGCUCAGGGAUUCUUGCCCAGCCCUUGUCAUCUCCAGCAGACCUCAGGGAGGGUUGGGUUUCUCCAAGGGCCCCUUAAACAUGCCACAAAAAUGAAUCAAAUUUAUGGGUCGACCUUAUGUCUGACUUGGUCCCAUUUGGAAGCUCCAGGAAUGGUCCAAGGUGCAGAACCACUGCCACCUCUGGCUGCCGGGGACUGGCUGGGUAUCAACCCAUGGAUGAGCCAAAUAGCCAGUCAACGUGCUGUAGCCAGCAGCUUGUGCCUUUGUUAGCGCUUCUUUCAAAAGACCCAGCCAACAGACUACAUCCCACCCCCAGUGGCAGCACUCUAGGGCCCAAAGGGACAAGAUUGCAGUGGUUGGUGCUGGGAAACAUGGUGGCCACCCCACCUGUAAGAAGCAGCCCUGGAGGAACCCAGCCCCCUUGGUUUCCUUGGAAACCACAUACCUCCUCCCUUUUAUCCCCAUUCCUUUCUUACACCUAGUGGGAUACAGGAAGAAGCCAGCACACUGGCUUUGUCAGCUGAAAUGUGUCUUUUAGAGUAACAGAGAUUAGAGUGCCGAACCGUCAAAGCUGGGUACACAUUUCCUGUCUUCCCUCAACUUCCAGCCAGGCUAGAAAGGCGUGCUCUGGAACUCAGCAGGAUCAGCUGCCUCUGAACUUCGCUUCUCUCCCUGCUGUGGCACUAAUGGAGAGAAUUUAAAGCAACCAGUCUGGCAGCUCUGAGAGCAGACUGGUAAUCUGAAAAGAACCAGGGAAUCUUUUAACCAGACACCUAGAAA